AUGGGUCUCCUGUUAUUAGACUUACUCUUCGCUGAUGAUAGUAUGCUGUAUUCCUAUGCUUCCUCUAGUGAUUGCCAGGUUAUUAGAAAUAUUCUGAAUGUGUAUGAGGCGGCUUCUGGGCAACAGAUUAAUUUACAGAAAAGUAGUGUGGUAUUUAGCAGUAGUGUUCCUCCUCAAGAACAGCGUUGUUGUGCAGAUGUGUUGGGGAUGCAGAUAGUGUCAAAACAUGAUAAAUACCUGGGUAUUCUGACUCGGGUGGGCCAGUCAAGGAAUGAUACUUUCGCUUAUAUAAAGGAUAAUUUGUCUAAAAAGCUGACUGGUUGGAGGUCAAAACUAAUGAGUGCAGCAGGUGGGGAGAUACUGAUCAAUGUGGUGGCUCAAGCUAUGCCCAUUUACACGAUGAACAAUUAUCUGCUUCCUCAAAAUUUGGUGCAAGAUCUUCAUCAACUAUGCGCCCAAUUUUGGUGGGGCGGGACAGAUGUGAAGAAAGUAUGCAUUGGCAGGCUUGGGAUUCCUUAUGUCGGCCAAAGAGUGAGGGAGGAAUGGGGUUUUGUCACCUUUUUGCCUUCAAUCUAG